AAUUAAGUCUUGUACGACCGCAGGUAUGUCGGUAAAUCGGACUCCGAAAAAGUUGAGCAAUACGUACGAGUCGCCACGUCUUAAUAUAGUGCGACGAAUGCAGUGCAAUAACGAAUUCUUAUUAGUGUGCGUGCUUAAUGAUAACGGUUUGAUGGAGUUGAAUUGUGAUCUACACCAUAGAGUUGAAUUAUGUACAAUAUAAUCACAUCUUUUGUAUACCUAAUACAGAACAUAUAAAGAAAGUAAUGAAUUCACCAAAUCUUACUCCAGCAGUUUGUCAAUUAUGAUCUGUGUAGAGGAAAUUUCGAAGAUAAAUUGAACAAAUCAACAGCUGUGUGCAAGGAGGUGAUAUUAUUUUCAACAAUUCUCAUAACUAAGUACAGUUAUAACCUAUACACUGUGGAGACGGGGCGUCGAAAGUCUAUUGAAAACAUGUUACGACAAUUGGCCUCAGCAUGUGUGUACUUAAGGGGGCACUUCUAUCUGGCGGCUUGGAACAAGAGUCAAGCUAUGGAUUUUUUUCCCAUAACCUAUACAUCGAUUCAAAGGUCAGGCUGAGGAUGGGAUCCUUCGGGGUGUACAUGUCUCAGCUACGGGCAAUGCUCGUGCGGAAUCUCCUCUUGAAGAAACGAGAUAAGCGAAAAACAACGGCGGAGAUUAUUUUGCCACUCUACACCCUCGGAAUACUGAUUAUCGUCAAGGUCUUGAUACCCAACCCGAAUUAUCCAGCAAUGACUACGCCGCGGGUUAACGGUGGCGUGUUCGACGACUUCAGCCAAAUGCAAAAUCACACGAUCGCAGUGGUGCCAAACACUACUGAGACCCUGACCUUUCUUAACUGCGUGAACACUUUGUGGAUGUCCAUGUGGGAUACUCCGGUGAAGAUUCCUCUGAAUUUCAUGAUCUUCGACACGGAAGACGACCUGCAGGCUGCCUAUUGGCGUGACCCUUCCAGCGUACCUAUGGCCGUCAUUUUCGAAAACCCUCUGCCGGUGUCGGACCGCCUGGAAUACGAGAUACGAACAAAUCCUUCGUAUCAGUCGACACCCUCACCAACGGAAAUGUAUUCGUCACCUGUCACCUGUCGAAAGGACACCAGCCACUGGAUGGGCGGAAUCCUAUCCAUGGAAACUGGAGGCUCGUGCCCGGUCAAAAAUUAUUACGACUCCGGCUUUAUAGCUGUACAACUGUUAUUGGAUGUAACGAAAAUAAGACUCAAGACAGAAAAGAAUAUCACAGUGCCUACAAUCAAGCUAGAGAUGUUUCCAAAAGAAGCAUAUACGGCGAAUUGGAUUCUCUACUUCAGAGUUGUAAUCCCACUUUAUAUGGUCCUGGCACUAUCGCAGUUCAUUACUUAUUUAUUGAUACUAAUCGUCGGCGAGAAAGAAAACAAAAUUAAAGAAGGAAUGAAAAUUAUGGGUCUUAAGGAUUCUGUGUUUUGGAUGUCAUGGUUCAUUAUAUACGCUGUUUUUGUCCUGCUACUCUCCGCAGUUGCGGUAGUCCUCUUAUUUACUCUCCAAAUGUUUCAGCACACUCAUUUUCUGCCCAUAUUUCUUCUGGUGGUGUUGUACAGUUUUUCAGUCAUAAUGUUUGGAUUUAUGAUUACACCUUUCUUCGAUAAAUCACGGACUGCUGGUGUCUUGGGAAAUUUCGCAGUGACUAUUCUAAGCCUGAUGUACUUUAUUCAAGUUUUUGUGGAUGAUUCGAGUUCAAUUGCAUUCUGGGUGGCUUCCUUGAUCAGCCCUUCGGGGGUUGCUCUGGCAAUGGACAAGGCCCUUGUCCUGGACUUGCAAGGCCAAGGUGUGAAUUUCGACAAUCUAUGGUCAGGCCCAGGGAUCCCCUUUGGUGGAAGUCUCAUCAUGAUGACGUUGGACAUUUUCCUGUACAGCCUGUUGGCCUAUUAUCUCGAUUCGGUCGUUCCUAGUGAAUAUGGCGUGAAACGAUCGCCUUUCUUUUGUUUCACUCCUGGAUUUUGGUGCAGAAGAAAAGUUCCACUGGUGCCAUCGUCGAACGGGGAAUCUAACUCUUUUAUCCCCGGUGAAGAGACAAACCGGGAUGUUGAGCCGGUUGUCCGUGAGAUGAAGGGAAGAGAAGCCAUCAGAAUAGUCGACUUAUACAAAUCGUACCAAAAGUGUCGGAAGCCUGAAGUGAAGGCCGUUAAUGGGAUCAAUCUCACUAUUUACGAAGGCCAGAUCACCGCGAUCUUAGGCCACAACGGUGCAGGCAAGACGACGCUUUUCAACAUUCUGACCGGUCUGACAGCGCCGUCCGGUGGUACAGCGUUGAUCUUUGGCUAUGACGUGAGGGAUCACAACGACAUGCAGAUGAUCCGAAGUAUGACUGGUGUCUGCCCACAGCACGACAUUCUCUUCGAUCUCCUUACGCCAAGGGAACAUCUGGAGUUUUUCGCAGCGGUUAGAGGAAUACCGAGGACGAUGAUAGAGAUGGAGGUGAAAAAAACGUUGAAAGAUAUUGACCUGACUGAAAAGGCGGACGCGUUUGCAAAAUACUUAAGUGGCGGGCAGAAGCGCAAGCUGUCUGUCGGGAUCGCGAUAAUUGGUGACCCUAAGAUAAUCAUUCUGGACGAACCCACAGCCGGCGUUGACCCAUAUUCAAGACGACAGAUGUGGUCCUUUCUUCAAUCCAGACGACACGGUAAAGUGAUUCUUUUAACGACGCACUUUAUGGACGAAGCGGACAUCCUCGCGGAUCGAAAGGCCGUUAUUAGCAAAGGGAAACUUCGAUGUUGCGGUAGUUCCCUUUUUCUCAAGAACAAGUUCGGCAUUGGAUACCACUUGACGCUGGUGCUGGAAGGCAAUCCUCGGGAACACGCGAUAACUCGACUUGUGUCUUCGCACGUAUCGAAGGCCGAAAAAGCGAGGCGACACGGCCGUGAGCUUAGCUUCAUUCUGCCUCAUAAUUCGGUCGAAAACUUUGCUCCAUUAUUUUCGGCAAUCGAACAGGAAAUCAAAACAAAAAACUACAGGCUUGGAAUUAGCAGCUACGGCGUGUCGAUGACAACACUUGAGGAGGUUUUCUUGCACUUGGAAAGGGACGAGGAAACUGAGUGUACGAUGGACAAUCUCUCGAAAAAAAUGGUUAGAAAUCGAGCUUUGAGCAGAUCUUUGUCUUUGCAGUCGAAAAGUACUUCUUAUCAGAGCUUGCAGAACGAAGGUGCAGCAGUUCAAGCUGACGGACAAAUUAAAGCUGCUGGCGAUGUGCCAGACGGAGUGCAUAACGAGAAGAACCCAGUAGUUUUGGGACUGGGACUGGAUCCCGUUAAAACCCGGCCUAACUUUUGCCAAAUUCUCAAGGCAAUGUUACGAUUAAGGAUAUUAAGAUUAUUUAGAAACAUUCAGCUACUUUAUUUCACCAUAGUUGCUCCCCUGGCUCUCGUUGCUCUUAGCCUAUACAUCAAUAGCAUUCAAACGGUGGACAUCAGAAUGCAGUCUCUGGACCUUAAUCCUGAUACUUAUGGCAAAGAAACGAGAAUUCUUUACACAAACAAUACCGAUAAGAAUAUUACCCCAUUGAUGAAUUAUAUUAUCAAAGAUAUCAAAGAGGUUGAUGAAUAUGAUGGCAGCUUUGUUGACCUACUACAUGUAGCGCCUCGCAUGGCAGCCUUCAACAUCAAUGAUUACGAUAUUGCAAGUUUGAAUUUGACGAUGAUGUACAACGAUACAAUGCAGCACUCUCUUCCUAUUCUGGUCAACAUCAUUUCAAAGGCCAUGUACAGAUUAUUAACAGGCGACACAGCAGACCCUCGGCCUAUACAAGUCAAAACGCAUCCGUUCCAGCAAACUUCUCAACCGCAAGAAUUUAAUAUAGGAAUCGGAAGUUCAGCACUCUUCAUUGGAAUGAUAUUCGUACUUAUUCCCAUAAUACUCGCAGUAGAUAUGGUAUAUGAUAGAGAGAUAAAAGCUAAAAAUCAACUUCGAGUGAACGGCUUAUCGUUCUCCAUGUAUUUUUUGACUUACUUCAUCGUAUUGGCUGGACUUAUGGCUGUGAUCAGCCUGUGCAUCCUUGGAAUAAUAUUUAUAUUCAACGUUCCGUCCCUGCAAGAGCCACCCGCGCUCAUAACGUUGGCAGUCUUGCUAAUGCUCUAUUGUCCCUCGUCCAUUCUUUUCUCGUCAUGUCUUAGCUACAUCUUUGACAAGAUGGAUUCGGCGCAAAGUAUUCUGCCGAACAUAGUGACGAUCGUUGGGAUGGUCCCCUUUCUUCUGGUCAUGGGACUCGACAUGUUGGGCUUAGGUGGAACUGCGGCCUUUGCUCUUCAUGUGGUCCUUUCGCUACUGAACACGAUGUACGUCCCAUAUGCGGCCGUCUACUACGUAGACCGCGUCCACUUAAUGUGCUCAAUAAACGCGGCAUGUCAUCACUUGACCAUGUCGGACUACCUUACUACAGAAAUCAUAUUAAUGGCUGUCGGUGUCAUACUGCACAUUCCGAUUUGGUUCAUCAUUCUCGUCAUGUUGGACAUCAAGAAAACCGGCGGGAACAUUAGUGACGCCCUGAAGUACUUCCUGCGCAACGGAGGAUCGAUAGGGGAAGAAAUAAUGGAGAACUCGGACGUUGGCGAACACGAAGAUGGCGACGUGAAGGCUGAGAGGCAAAGAGUAUUCAAUUUGAUGGCCGCUUCCGUUCAAGAACCACCAGUUGUGAUGGUCCAGAACUUGCGCAAGGAGUAUCGAAAUCGAGAAAUUACGCCGUGUAGCUGCUGCACGAAACGGGACGACGAACCCGCGCCGAAGCGAAAAGUCGCUGUGCGAAAUCUUUCGCUUGCCGUCGAACCGGGCGAGGUAUUUGGUCUCUUGGGACACAACGGCGCUGGAAAAACUACCACGAUGAAGAUCAUAAUUGCCGAGGAGGCUGCGACUCGGGGGCGAGUCCAAAUUGGAGGUAAUAACAUAACGUCCCAAAUAACCGAGGCCUUUCGACAAAUGGGCUACUGCCCGCAGCACGACGCUCAGUGGAAGAACAUUACUGUUAGAGAACAUCUCGAGUGUUACGCUGCCAUACGAGGUGUGCCCCCGAGUGAAAUUGGCAGGAUCGUCGACCUGUACUUGUCAGGUCUUCAAAUUCACGAGCACGCUGAUAAACAAUCGCAAGAGUGCUCAGGGGGUACCAGAAGGAAAUUGAGCUUCGCCAUGGCAAUGGUUGGAGGUCCGAAAGUCGUGCUUAUGGACGAGCCCAGCACCGGGAUGGAUCCCCGCUCGAAGAGGUUUCUCUGGGACACAAUCCUCGCCAGCUUCCAGGUUUCGGUUGCACAGGGGGGCAGGGGGGCGAUCCUCACCACCCACUCGAUGGAGGAGGCCGACGCCCUGUGCUCCAGAGUGGGUAUCAUGGUCAAGGGCGAGCUGAGGUGCAUAGGCUCCACCCAGCACCUCAAGAAUCUGUACGGAGCCGGGUACACCCUGGAAAUGAAAUUGUUGGGGGGCGAUUGCACCCCAACGACACCAUCCGGGGACCGGAUAUCUGGACUGAAGGAAUUUGUCGCAGGUCUUUUCCCAGACGCCACUCUCGAGGAAAGUUUUGCCGACAGGCUGGUGUUUGGUGUUCCGCAGCAUGCGGUGCAGUCGCUGGCUGAAUGCUUCACGCAGCUUGAAAAGGCAAAAAUGGAAUUGGACAUCGAAGAAUACAGCUUCAGUCAGACGACCCUCGAGCAAGUGUUUCUUAAAUUUUCUCACUAUGAUGAAGUGAACGGGGGCGAAUAAUGAUGCGAGUGAAACAUUAAUAUUUUGAGUGAAAAUAAUCAAAGGGAACUGAUCGAGUCGCCGACGACGUAUAUAGUGACACAAUAACGUCGAUCUAGAUUGACAAGAAAAUUAAACGAAAAGAGCCCGGGACCAUAGAGGGUGAAUAGUGUUCGAAAAUGUAUAAAAUGAGCAAAUAAUAAUAAUAAUUUAUCUGUACAGAUAAUAAUAGCAGUCAUAAUGAUAGUAACGUUAACUAUUAUUAUUACUAUUAUUAUUGAUUGUUAUUAGGGAGAAUUAUCUAGUUUAUCAAUAUUAUUAUAUAUACAGAUCCGUACGUCGGUAGUAACAUUGCACUGUCACAAAACUAGUACUACUCGUACUAUUAAAUACUUAGAUGAUAGAUGAACAAAUUAUUUUACGUAAAUUAUGAAACCGAAACAUAUUGAAGUCGUUUAUGUUCGUUGCAAGUUGUAACGAUCGUCGUCAUUUACAUGUGUAUUUUUUAUUUUAUUUUUUUUUCUAUAUAUAAACGGUAAAUGUUGUAAAUUUUACUUAUAGAAAAAAAAAAACAAAACAACAACAGAAACAACUAACAGUUAUACCGUAGUACGAUUAUGUAAAUAGCUACAAAAUACAUAUACAGUUACAUACAGUGUUAUCAAAGUAAAAACAGAAGUUUCACUUGAGUUCACUUAUAAAACUUUGGACUAACGAGUAUAACUGUAAACUCUGAAGCUUCGACUGUAACUGACAUUUUGACCGUGGUAAGUGAAAAUGUUAUAUAGUAUGUACGACUGACGAAAGUAGCAGAAAUUUUUCUUCUAGUUUAUAUAAAAAUACAAAAGCUUAGUUGUUAAGCUACUCUAUUGCAUCCUGAAUGUACACGCUGAUUUUACUGUGUAACUUUUAAUCGUUUUGUUUUCUUUCUGCGUAUUGCACAGGAAUUAUUCACUAUUGAUGGCAUGUUUACUUAGAAUACCGGGGAUAUUAUACUAGUUGUUGUUUUAUUUUUGUCUCCAAAAGUUUUUAUCUUAUUAUUAUCAUCACAACGAAGGUUAGAAUAUUGUAUUAUUACAAGCAUUCCAUAGUAUAAUGACCGCACGUCGACAAAAUUUUUGAUUCAUCAUUAGCGACUUACGUUGAAAAUAAUAAUUCAUCGCCGGUGAUGUUGAUAGAUGUAAUUCACUUUAUGGCUUUUAGUAAGGAUUUAGAGCGAUAAUGUUAGAAUCGAUGCAUGAAAUAAUCUGAGGGGUGUCAUAGUCCUGUUUUUGUGUGCGUGCGCGUAUGUUGUUGGUGACAGGCGAUUGGGUUACGUAUACAUACAAAUAUUUAUAGACGUACUCUUAUACAUAUUAUAUGUAUAACGUUGCGAUGAUUGAAUCACCGCUCGAUUUGUAGAUAUAACAAUGCUUUUUAUAUUCUAUAAAUUGUAACACGUAAUUUAUAACCUUUAAACGGUCGAUUGCGAAUUUUUUUCUAAUGUUUGGGAAACAUAAUUCAGUGAAGCCCAAAUUAGAAAAGAAAUCAUAUUUUUCAGUGACAUAUCUUGAUGUUACAAAUUAUUGGAAGCUGUAUUUCGCACUGGCCGCGACUGGGUUAAAAUGUUCAUUUUUGAUGAAAUUUUGAACGAAAUGAAUUAUUUAAUAUCUUAAAUUACUAUAAAAACUCUUGAGAUGCUAUAAAGCUUUAUGUUAUAUGUAUUGCAAAUACAGGUUAACUUCAAUUAUACAAAUUAUGCCGUAGGCAUUGUUAUCGAAUAGGCAUAUUUUAUUUCAAUUUUUAUUGAAAAAUGUUUAGAAUUAAAUUAAGGAGAAGUGAAUUUGUUAUUUCUGCCUAAUUAGAGAUGUUAAAAGAAUGUCCCAUUAUUAUUGUAUAAUGUAUCGUCUGCCUCAGAAACGAGGCGACGUUUUGUCAAAGUGAUAAGUUGAAGUUAGGUAAUCGUGUAGUAAAAUGAUAAUGAUGCGAGAACGUUAAUUCCGGGAAAAAGAAUUUCACGGCGGAACUGCUGACAGACGUGCACAUACAAGAGUGACGGAGAUUUUCUGGACGAAAUUUUUCAUAAUGGAAUCAAUUGAAAAUUGUCAAAUAGACAAGUUUUGUAAAUAUAAUACUCUAUGCAAAAAUCGGACAUAUAUAGAUUUUUAGGGAUUAUAUACAUAUACAGAUGUAAGUCUCUUCAAUGAAUGACGUAACGUUAGUCAAUUAUGGAAUUAUUAAACUGCAAAAAAUUUCAUGAUAUUAUACAUAUAUAUGAGGUAUUCCAUGCCAACUGAGGGAACAUUUUCCCUGACCCCCGUCAAUUUGCUUCAUUGUUUUUUAUAUGAUUCUACAACCUGAAAAAAGCACUCACCAUUUUUUUCAGAUUUUUCGUCCCAACCAUUCUUUUUAAAAAAAUGUUACAAACCGUUUUAUGGUCCUAAAAAAAACGCCAUUUUUUAUAUUUUUACAAAAAUUAACAUAAUUUCUAGGUCCUAAAACAAAGAUUUUGAGCCAUAGUUCAGAGUGGAGAAUUGAUUUUAUGUAUUUUUUAAAUAUUUUUUUAGAGGAAUAAUUUUUCUUAUUUUGUACGUAUACAAAACAUAUGUUAUGUUUGUAACAUUUUUUAAAAAAGAAUGGUUGGGACGAAAAAUCUGACAAAAAAAAAUGGUAAGUGCUUUUUUUAGGUUGUAGAAUCAUAUAAAAAAUAAUGAAGCAAAUUAGUGGGGGUCAGGGAAAAUGUCCUUUCAGUUGGCAUGGAAUACCUCAUAUGUAUACAUAUAAUACAUAUAAAAUUUUUUAAGCAGUCAUUACCGAAACAGCGGAGAACAUAGCAAUCGCGUAAGGUAUUUGAAAUUUGAAUUCUAGUAGCAUUUUGUGCUCGAAAAAAAAUUCAAUUUUCUUUUUUUAUUACAUGUUUGUAAUUUGGAUGAAUUUAACUGCAAUUCAAUUAAAGUAUACCAGGGUUUUAAUGCUUUCGUUAUUGUAGGUUGGUUUUUAUACUUAUUUUAUAUCACGCAACGAAUAAAUAUAUCGAUGUUUUCCUGUGUUUUUGUGUUUCAUCUUGCUAUAAUUUGCGUCGGCAGUACGAUAUAGAACAGGCAAUUGUAAAAUUACAUAAAUUACACUUAUUAGAAAUAGGUGUCGUGAAAUUGAUAUACGAUAAUAUAUUACUUUCAUUUCUGUAACAAUAAUAAACUGAAUAUAAUAAAUGAUUUUAUCAAUGCUU